AUCAGUGCAACGCCAAUUGGUCUUACCCAUCAAUCUAAGUUGCAAUCAUAAGAUCUAGGUUCAUAAAGAAAGCGGAACCCGUCCACGCAAACGAGACACCAGGCAACAGGCAUAGCAUGAAUACCAAGGCCAUUGGCAACAUCACCAUCUGCAUCGGCGCCCGGAGUCUGUUGCGACCGCAAUCUAGAUUGAGGAUCCCAGUCCUAUCACAACAACAAACGGCGAGAGCAGCACCUACCGCAGGGUUUCGACGAGGUCAGCUGAUUGCUCAGCCCCAACGUUAUCAAUUCCACACCACCGCGGCGACGGGAACAACCAUGAGCACCACCGGAGCACCCAGCCGGGUCCCCAUCUCACCGCAAGCCGUCGACGCGCCCCUCACCCGCAGCGCCACCUUCCUAAUCCUAACCAUCUCCCGCUCCAGCCCAGACGCCAUCAAGACGGUGCGCUCCACCCUCGCCAGCGUCGGCGACCUCGCCAAGAACGUGUCGGUGCGCGACCUCGACGCGCGGUUCGCGUGCACGGUGGGCAUCGGCGCGGGCGUGUGGGACGCCGUGACGGCGGGGCGGCAGGCGCGGCCGGCGGAGCUGCGCCCGUUCCGCGAGGUGCGCGGCGCGCGCCACGUCGCCCCCUCGACGCCGGGGGAUCUGCUGUUCCACAUCCGCGCCGAGCGGCGUGACCUGUGCUUCGAGUUUGAGCGGCAGCUGCUGGGGUUGCUGGGAGACUCGGUGGACGUGGUGGAUGAGACGGUCGGGUUCCGCUACUUUGAUCUGCGCGACCUGCUUGGCUUCGUUGAUGGCACGGCGAAUCCGGUUGGGCCGGAUGUGCCGGAAUCGGUGCUUGUUACGCAGGAGGAUGAUGCGGCUGCGGCGGGGGGCAGCUACGUGGUGGUGCAGAAGUACGUUCACGAUCUCGGCGGGUGGAAGGCGCUGCGGACGGAUGGCCAGGAGGCCGUCAUCGGGCGCACAAAGUUUGACAACGUCGAGCUCGAUGAUUGUGCGGCCGAGUCGCAGAAGUCGCACAAGCAGCUCACGACGAUCGAGGACGAGCAGGGUGAGCAUGACAUCCUGCGCGAUAACAUGCCGUUUGGGUCUCCGGGGGCCGGCGAGUACGGCACCUACUUCAUUGGGUACUCCCGCCGGUUGUGGGUCAUUGAGAAGAUGCUGGAGCGCAUGUUUGUCGGCGACCCGCCGGGGUUGCACGACAGGCUACUCGACUACUCGACGCCCCUCACCGGGUGUGUGUUCUUUGCGCCAACGGGAAGUCAGCUGGCAAGUCUUGAUCCAGAUGACGAUUGAGGAUGCAGGUUAUGAAGAUGUAUUGUACAAUCUACGGUAGGUAAGUAACCACAGGUAAACGACAGAUAAACUAUCAAUCUUGAAAAUGACGGUG